AGCCAGUCUUUCGAAAACCUUCAGAGGGCGAAGACGUGCUGCUGCGGCGUGAGAACUGAGGCCUUUUAGUAAUCCUGGUGGUGUCAAUGGCGAGCAGUAUGGCGCGGCAGGUUGGCGGCUACAGCAGUGACUCGUCCGUCAUGAGCCACGAGCGGGAAGGACGCUACAUGAAGAGACUUGACAGGCCAAGAUGGUGGGUUGGCUGCAGCACCCUCAGUCUGACCUCCAAUGAAAGCGUGGAGUCUGGGCGGCACCACUGUUGCUCCCACAAGAACGCCCACAACCUGCCUGUCAUGCGGCGAAGGUUUGAUGAAGAAAGGGUGACGUCCCUGCGCCAUGCCACACAGCAGCUGUGGGUGACUGAGGUCAUCUCGGGAACAGGCUUCUAUGCACUGACGGAGGAGAACAAGGAGAGUGCUGAGGAGCUGAGGAGCAUUCUGGCCUCGGAAAUUGGAGUAUCACACAUGGCAGUGAAGACAGUGGUGCCCAGAAUGGUGUGUGCUGCAAGGAUCAACAACACCUGGGAGCGAGUGAUGGUGCGGAGCCAGUGCAGCGACGUCUCCUGCAGCAAGAGGACAGACGAGGAGAAGGAGCAGCACUGGCAUGUCACCAUGAUGGAGGCCGGCACCAUGAAGUGUGUGCCUUGGUCCCAGCUGGUCCUCGUCACCAGGGAAGUGGCUGCGCUGGAACCAAAGGCCAGGGUGUACUUCCUUCGCCGCGUUCACCUCAAAGAUGACGAGACCACUGCUGCUGAGGCAAAGGAAUGGCUGAAGAGCAAGAUCCUGAACAAGCAGAUGCUCAAAGCCCACGUGUUCUUCCGCUUUCAUGGGAGGAGCAAGAACCAGGCAGAGGUUUACAUAAAUAACAUAAACUUGAGUGAUGCAUUGGUGGAAGCUGGUUAUGCUGUGUACAACUACAGGACAGAACAAAGGGAGAAGCCAUCAGAAGCACUUCCUACCAUUUCCUACUCUCUCCAGGACUUAAUAAGCUCGCGAGAAAGCCUCACGUCUCAGGCAACAUCUCAAGCCAUGCGGACAGACACAGGCCCCAGCACACUGCCAGACUCUAUGGAGCUCAUUGACCACCUCAUGAAGAAGCGCAAGGACAGCAACUACCUCACCUACAGUGGCUCUGCCUUGAACCUGGCCAUCAAGAUCCACAGCAAGGAUCCCGUCAGACACCAGAGGCUGUGUGAGCAAGGACACGCUUCCCUCAAUAAGAUGCAGAUACUGCUGAGGAGACUGAGGCAAGAGAGCCCAGGCUUCCAUGAAGUGAGGGACCUGCAGGACUCAGUGUAUGAGCACCUGGUGGAAAUGUUUGACAAGUGGAAGUCAAGCUACAAACGAGCUCAGAAGAAGUCCAAUGAUGCUAUAGAGGUGAUAUCAGACAUCUUCCUGUCCUUCGCCAACCAGAAGUCCCGCACAAUGAGGUACAGACACAAGUGUAUGAAGCUGGAGUCAGCCUUGAAUAAUGAAGUGCUUCUCCAAAAUGAAGGGCAGGAUCUAUCCCACAUGCUGGUGCCUGUUGUGGCCACCAAACUGAUGAGCUCCAUUGAGAAGCUGGAGAGUGGCAGCGGCUACCCGACCGUGGAGCGGGCCCAGACACUGCACCAGUUUAUCCCCACCUCCAAGUACAUCACUCCCCUCACCCUGGAGACACUGGCCAAGGACAUUCUGAAGGGGCUGUACCACUUCCACGAGAGAGGAAUAGCCUACAAGCACCUCCAUCCUCAGAAUGUUCUCAUAAGGAAUGGCCAUGCAGUGCUGCGGCCCAUCGAGGAGCAGCAGGAGUGCAAGAUUGGGCAAGACUGGCCAUUUGAGGGUGUGGAGGUGGCCAACGAGGACCUGGGCAAGCCAGGUGACGUGUUCAACUUUGGGCUGCUGCUGCUGUGGAUGGCAUGCAAGGGCGCUGACAGUUACUACGGAGCUGCCAUGAAGUACUACUGUAAUGUGGCCCUGAUUAAGAUGACCAUGGAUGAGGACCCCAACCAGCGGCCCUUGGUGGAGUCCAUGGUGUGCACAAACAGCCCCAUCUUCCGCCCCAACAUCAAGUGGCGCCCCAUGCUGCUCAAGGACUACCUGAGGGAGGUGUUCAAUGAGAAAUGCAACACGGAGGAGGCUUCGGAGGACGCCAGUGGGUUGCCAUCCGAGGCAGAGACCGGCGAGACCACCAGUGAGUCGGGCAGCAUGUUCCAGCGCACAGAGGACGACUCUGGCACUGAAACCACAGAGAGUGAGCCACCAAAGUACGAACCUUCUGCCAGAUUGAACGAGGCAGAGGAAGGGAAGCACUCGUCAGCACCGCACACUGAUGACACAGACCAGGCAUAGCACAGCGUCUCUCUUCCUCGGACGGGAAAUUCACUCUGACAUGGACUUUUCUGUUAUGUAGCGUUAUGACAACACGGCUUGCACUGCCUCCAACCAGACUGAAUGAGGAGAUAGCAGGAAGUUCUUCCCAACACUGACAACACACAGGAUACAGCAUCUCCUUCUCCUAGAUACAAGGAAAUUCACUUUGAGACUGUCCUUAUUUCAGUUACAUAGCUUUAAGAUGACGCAAGAUACAUUGGAUAUAGCUACUUUGAGGAAAAUAUUUUUAGUUUUGUUUGCUUUCAUUGCUGUUAUAAGGACAAAUAGGAGUUUGUUAAGCCAUAGAGGAAGUGAGAUAAGCAACAACCAUAUCAAUCAGCAUAGUAUGGAUUGAGAUUUUCAGUACAGUAUCUUGCCUUGCUUCAAUGUAAGGAGCAUUUUUGUAGUGAGAGGAAGAGUUCUUUUAUAACAUGACAAUGAAAACAUGUAGAAGUAAAAUAUGUAUUAAGGAUUGUUUGAAUAUUAGAUCUGAUUAUUAAUAUUUUCUUAGUUAUACAUUUGUGAGACAAGUUUAAACACACACCGGUAUAUUCUUCAUUUGUCUCUUACAUCAAUCAACAUGGUUAUUUAUUUAUGACUUGAAAUUGUUAGUGCUAUUGUUUCUCAGGUUAAAAUGACACAAAACUA